GAGAGGGCGGGGCUUAGGGACCCUGGGCGGGGCCAGGGCCGGGUCUCCUUAGGGUCCGCCCCAGCGAGGGGGCGGGGCGCAGAUCUGUUUCCCUCAGACUCCAUCUGCCCAGAGCCGCUAAGGGAGCUCAAGGUCAAGUUCGCCUUGGCCCCGCCUCCAGCUCAGGUACUAGGGGGUCUAGACCCGAGGCUGCCCGGGACGGAGGCAGCCUUGAGUCCCGAGACCAAACGUCGUUUCCCUCUCGGACCUCGGCCGCCGGGCCGCGCGCUGACCGACAGCCCCUGCUAGGCCCAGCAGGUCCCCUAGUCCCUCGCAGUCCCCCGAGACUCGCCGAGCGCCGUUGCUGAGCCCUGCAAAUAGCAGCAGGGUGGCCACUGCAACAGGUGUGGAUGUGCCUGACAAGAUGAAGAGCCGAAUACCUGUGGUGCUCCUGGCCUGUGGCUCCUUUAACCCCAUCACCAACAUGCACCUGCGCAUGUUUGAGGUGGCCAGAGAUCACCUACACCAAACAGAAUAUGAAGAAAAGGACCAUGAAGUUGCACUUGUUUUUCCUGGACCUCAGUCUAUCUCAAUAAAAGAUAUUUCUUUUCAUCUGCAAAAAAGGAUUCAAAAUAAUGUUAGCAGCAAAAAUGAUGACCCUGACAAGUCAUCUUUUAAACGCAAAAGAACUGAAGAACAAGCGUUCUGUGAUUUGAAUGACAGCAAGUGCAAAGGCACAACACUGAAAAAAAUUAUAUUUAUAGAUAGCACCUGGAACCAAACAAACAAAAUAUUCACUGAUGAGCGACUUCAAGGAAUGUACCAGGUCAUCCAGGGUAUCAUCUCUCCUGUCAACGACACCUAUGGGAAGAAAGACCUCGCAGCUUCUCAUCACCGAGUGGCCAUGGCCCGGCUGGCCCUGCAGACAUCCGACUGGAUCCGGGUGGACCCCUGGGAGAGUGAGCAGGCACAGUGGAUGGAGACAGUGAAGGUGCUGAGGCAUCAUCACAGUGAACUGCUCAGAUCUCCACCCCAGAUGGAAGGCCCAGACCAUGGCAAGGCACUCUUCUCGACCCCUGCAGCUGUGCCUGAGCUGAAGCUUCUCUGCGGGGCAGACGUCUUGAAGACCUUCCAGACCCCCAACCUCUGGAAGGAUGCGCACAUCCAGGAAAUAGUGGAGAAGUUUGGCUUGGUGUGCGUGGGCCGAGUAGGUCACGACCCAAAAGGUUACAUCGCAGAAUCUCCCAUCCUACGGAUGCACCAGCACAACAUUCACCUGGCCAAGGAGCCUGUGCAGAAUGAGAUCAGUGCCACAUACGUCAGGCGAGCCUUGGGCCAAGGGCAGAGCGUAAAGUACCUGAUUCCCGAUGCUGUCAUCACCUACAUCAAGGACCAUGGCCUCUACACCAAGGGCAGUACCUGGAAAGGCAAAAGCACCCAGAGCACUGAGGGCAAGACAUGCUAGGGAGGGGGGACUCAGCAUCCACACCUCCUCCAACAAGCUCCUGCUGGGGAGAGGGCUGUUAAGGUUUCUGUUUUACUUUGGUUUUUGCUUCUCCAUUUUUCAUUUGCUUUAUUUCUACAGUGAUUCUACUUCUGAGGAGUCUUCUGUCCCAGGAAGAGAUACCUUCUUUACAGGAGAGGAAAGGUCUAAAUCACAAGGAUAGACAUUUAUCAAAGAAGUUAAAAUGGUGUGGCAGGUCAUUAGGAUUAGGCAGAAUCUCUCAGAGCUGCUGGACAAGGAGGUCUACUUAUUUUGUGUGGAUGGUAAUUAUGGCAUGCACGCUGAAUGCAGUUCUGAGCAUGGCAGCGGCCCCUGAGGGUCAGAUCAGAAUUGCCCACAAUGUGUUUUUUAACUAGGACCAGGUGCAGCAUGCUAGUCUUGAUUGGAAAGAUUUGACAGGAUGCUAAUUACUGAACAGUGGGUUUUGUCAACGCCCUGGUUUCAGAAUAUGAACUGAGGAGUCAAACAGUUGGAAACAGCACAUUGCUGAUUUACACUGGAUCUUGCCUUACAAACCAUUGUCUGCCUGCCUAACCAGCCUUUCAUAAAAUUUAAACAAAACUCUUUCUACGUAGUGAUCCUCAAGCAAUAUUUUUGAUACAGCAAGUGUCAAACUUGCUAUAGCAUAAAAGCCGGGGCUCCUGAUUUCCAGGUUUCUAAAAAGGAACUGAGGUAAAACAGAUGCCUGACCGUUUUAAAGGAUCUUUUUUAAUGUUUUAUGACUGCCUGUCUGUUUGAAUACUGGCAAAGGGAUAAAUAAUAAAUUGACAUCAAAAAGUA